AUUUCCUAUGUGCAGCUUUUAUCGUUGGUAUCUGACGAACAGAUCAACGUCUUUAUCACUGGACAUCACAUUUAUUUUACUAUCAUAUCAACAGUUUGGAAGUGUAGAUUGAAAAACAAAGGUCAACGUCUAACGACACAGAGAGUUGGUGUGAUGGAAGGCUUAUAUCGAUGUCUGUGCCCAAACAAGAUGUUAUCACUAAUAUGUUCCAUGUUAUGGAUUACUUCAUGUGCGGAAGGAACCGACGUCUCAGUGCCAGUGGGCAGCACAGUGCCGCUGCACUGUAAUGUGUCGAUGAGCACCCAGGUCAAAUGGAGCAGGAACAGAGUUCACCUGAUCACCUACAGCCAGGAGUUCGGACUGCACUUCACUGAGGCUGCAAAGAGCCUGAAGUUUAACAUGUCUCUGUAUGAGAGUGAUCCGUACACUCUGGUCAUAGACAGAGCCCAGGAGUUCAACACAGGAAACUACACCUGUGAAUUCGCCACAAUCGCAGGAGUAGGGAAGCAGACGUGGAGCCUGACUUUGACGGCAUCAGGCCGCCUCGGAGCUGUGGAAUGGGGGAGACUUGUGUUUCCUGUGGCCAUUGUGGUUCCUUGCGUGUGUUUACUGAUCUUCAUAAUAUCUUUUGCACUUUUGCGAAGACUUUACAGUCGGCAGUCAGAGCAAACGACUCCAGCUCGCACCACAGCAAUGGUAAAUACACACUGUAAAAAGUAUUCAUAUUCAUCAACAAUGUCAACAACAGUUUGAUGAAUCUUCAACCUUUUGACAAGCGUGUUGACAUGAUAUCCAGAGCAAACACCGGACAUGCAGAUAUAUGAGAACUCUCUGCACGUCAAUAAGAGUCAAUCAUCCAAUUUUCAAAUGCACCAGUUCGGACAUCGGCAUUGAGUUUGGUCAUGUUCAUUUAUCAUUCACUUUAAAUGACUGACACAAUUGUGCAACGAGUUGCAGACUGAUUAAUGUUGUUGAGGAUUCACCAAAGUUUUCUACCAGCCACCAUUAACAUGCAGAUUAUUAAUUAAAAUCCACAGAGCUCCAUGAAGCUAAAGUAUGAGUUAUAUCUUUGUAUUUUUCCAUUAUAAUAAUUUCAUCAUCUGGAUUGGACACAAAUAAGAUCAGAUGUGAAACACAUCCAUCCACACACACUUUUGUCAUAAGUAAAUGUUGAUUUAAUCUAAAUUAAUCCUAAUUAAUUCAGAUUAAUUAUUGAUCAAUCCUGGUUAAUUGUACAAUAUUUUAAUAGUUUGACAGCCUGCCAUUUUUUUUGUUGUUGUUUUUUAAGCAUAACUCCAUUUGCCAGACCAUGUGGUUUAACACCAAAAUGUUGACCCUGUACAGACUCAAUAUAACAACUAAGAGUUGGUGUAGAGCAACUGCUCUAUUUUUAGCUUCUGACUUCCACUGUGAAUGUUCCACCCAUCCAUCCAUCUAUCCAUUUUCAUCCGCUUAUCUGUUACCGGGUCGCGGGACUGUGAAUGUUAACUUCUGUUAUUAUCAGUUCUUAUUUUCUUGACUCAGGAGGAAAGGCUAAGGGAUAAGAUGACAUUGGUCAAUAAAGGUAUAAAAUAGA